GGUCAUAUCAACGGCCUUGGGUCGCAUCAACGGUGGCAGUUCCCAGCGUGAGCUUCGAAAAUCGACCAACCAUGGCGCAAAAGUUUCAUUCCCUCGAUGUCGCGUCUCGCGCUGCUGCUCGUCACGCUGCUCUGCGCCGCGGUGCACGCCGCGAUCGACACGUGCCAAGUGUGUGCUUCCACAGGCCAGUGCGACACGGCCUACAAGGGCCUGCCUGGCAAGUACUGCGGCCCAUGGCUCUCGAGCGGCGUCAAGCAGGUCUGCUGCUGCCCGACCGCCGCCGUGUGCGCGAUCCCGCUGCAAGCCAACGCGUGUCUCUGCAAAUCCCCUCCGCCGGCGCCGGCCCCGUCUUCCGAUGCCACGCCGACGUACGUCUGGGUGCUCGUCGCGCUUGCUGUCGCUGGGCUCGCCUGCUUUUGCUGCUGCCGAAGCACCCAGUAUGCCAGUGAUGACAGCUACGUUGCGAUCCACUCGACACCACAGCCCAUGUACGUCCAGCAGCCUGUCUACAUGGCGCCGCAGCCAGUGUACGUGGACCGAGGCCAGGGCGUCGGAACAGGCAUGGCCAUCGGUGCCGCCGCAGGGCUCAUCGGCGGCAUGGCCAUCGGCGAAGCCCUCGCCGACCAUGGCGACAGCGGCUAUGGCGGCGGCUACGGUGAUGGCGGUGGUUACGGCGGCGACGGAGCCACGUUUGGUGGCGACUUCUAGCUCGAAAGCUCUCCAUUAUUCCAUUUACAGCUUCAGCGAUUUCGCAAUUCAUUUCAUUGUCUG